AGGAGGGGGGCGGUACCCGCUGCGGCCCUACAACUAUCUCCUUCUCUUCUGCCUCAGACACCCCCAGUGUUGUUCUCCGAUGGGCUUUCUGAAGAAUUCAUCUAAACCUUACUGACAGCCGCGAAGAGACCCCAAGCAGACUGAGAGAUGGCUGGAACGACGGGACCGAAGCGGCAGGACACCAGGAAAUUUUUCGAGAAUCUUUCUGGCGCUGGAAAAUCCAUCGCAGUGCUGACCAGCGGCGGAGAUGCUCAAGGUAUGAAUGGAGCUGUCCGGGCCGCAGUCCGAAUGGGGAUUUAUGUAGGAGCCAAAGUCUACUUUAUUCACGAGGGGUACCAGGGGAUGGUAGACGGUGGAGACUACAUCAAAGAGGCAACAUGGGAAAGUGUCUCCAGUGUGCUGCAAGUGGGUGGCACCGUCAUUGGCAGUGCCCGUUGUAAAGAGUUUCGGACCCACGAGGGACGUCUAAAAGCUGCUCAUAACCUUGUUCAUCGGAGAAUCACCUACCUUUGUGUGAUUGGUGGAGAUGGCAGCUUGACCGGGGCCAAUCUGUUCAGAGAAGAGUGGAGCGACCUUUUGAAUGAACUCCUUGAGCAAGGGCUCAUAGAUGAGGAGGCAGCCCGAAGUAAUUCAGAGCUCCACAUUGUUGGGAUGGUUGGCUCUAUCGACAAUGACUUUUGUGGCACAGACAUGACUAUCGGCACUGACUCCGCCUUGCAUCGGAUAAUUGAGGUGGUGGAUGCUAUCAUGACCACAGCUCAGAGCCACCAGAGGACAUUUGUGUUGGAAGUCAUGGGCAGACACUGCGGAUACCUUGCUUUAGUCAGUGCUCUAGCAUGUGGAGCAGAUUGGGUUUUUAUUCCGGAGAUGCCUCCUGAAGAUGGCUGGGAAGACAACAUGUGUCUGAAACUGUCCGAGAACCGUGCUGAUAAGAAAAGGCUGAACAUUAUUAUUGUAGCUGAGGGUGCCAUUGAUAGCCACAACAAGGCAAUAACCCCUGAUUAUAUCAAGGAUCUAGUAGUGAGCCGCCUGGGUUUUGACACCAGGGUUACUAUCUUGGGCCAUGUACAGAGAGGUGGAACUCCAUCUGCCUUUGACAGGAUCUUGGCCAGCCGUAUGGGCGUGGAGGCAGUGUUGGCAUUACUGGAAGCCUCUACCAACACCCCUGCCUGUGUUGUGUCUCUAGUUGGCAACCAGGCUGUCCGAUUACCACUUAUGGAGUGUGUUCAGAUGACUCAAGAGGUACAGAAGGCCAUGGAUGAGAAGAAAUUUGACGAGGCAGUCAGACUGCGCGGCAGGAGCUUUGAAAAUAAUCUCAGCACCUACAGACUGCUUGCCUCUCAGACUGCUCGCUCUGAACUUCCAAAUGGAGAGGAAGAGAACGAGGCAGGGGAUGAAGAGCAAUCUCAUAGCUCCUUUAACGUGGCAGUGAUGAACGUUGGCGCUCCGGCUGCUGGUAUGAAUGCCGCUGUGCGUUCUGCAGUCAGGGUGGGAAUUACAGAAGGCCACAAAAUGUUUGCUGUCAGCGAUGGGUUUGAGGGUUUCUACAAAGGACAGGUCAAGGAGAUUAAAUGGGGAGAUGUUGGAGGUUGGACUGGCCAAGGAGGGUCUCUGCUGGGGACAAAAAGGACUCUCCCAGCAAAACAUCUGGAUGAAAUUGCUGAGCAGAUGAGGAUCCAUAACAUCAAUGCUCUACUUGUUAUAGGAGGAUUUGAGGCCUUUGAGUCCUUGCUGGAGCUGUAUGAGGCCCGCGCCAACUACAAGGAGUUUUGCAUCCCCAUGUGCAUACUGCCUGCCACCAUAAGUAACAAUGUGCCGGGCACUGACCACAGUCUGGGAGCCGACACAUCGCUCAACGCCAUUGUGGAGACCUGCGAUCGCAUCAAGCAGUCUGCCAGCGGCACCAAGCGGCGGGUCUUCAUCAUUGAGACUAUGGGGGGCUACUGCGGCUAUUUGGCCACUGUGGGCGGUCUAGCUGCAGGUGCUGACACGGUCUACAUCUACGAGGAGCCAUUCGACAUCCGUGACCUGCAGGCCAACGUUGAGCAUCUGACGCAGAAAAUGAAGACGAGCAUUCAGAGAGGCUUGGUGCUCCGAAACGAGAACUGCAACGAAAACUUCACCACCGAUUUCAUCUACCAGCUGUACUCCGAGGAAGGUCGAGGAGUGUUCGACUGCAGGAAGAACAUUCUGGGUCACAUGCAGCAGGGCGGAGCGCCAUCUCCUUUCGACAGAAACUUUGGCACCAAGGUUGCAGCUAAAGCCAUACAGUGGAUCACGCGGACGCUCAAGGAGUCAUACAAAGAAGGGAGAGUCUUCACCAACUCAGAGGACACUGCCUGCCUGUUGGGGAUGCGUCGCAGGGCGAUGCUCUUUCAACCUGUAGUACAGCUCAGGGAAGAGACCGACUUUGUCCACCGGAUCCCGAAGGAACAGUGGUGGCUCAAACUCCGUCCUCUGAUGAAAAUCCUGGCCAAGUACAAGACAAGCUAUGAUGUUUCUGACGCUGGCCAGCUGGAGCAUGUGACCCGGGUGCGGCCCAAAGAGAGCGACACCGCGGCUGCGAUCUGAACCGCUGCUAGAAAAAAGCAUUACUCCCACAGGAAACUGGCUUCACCUUUCAGUGGCAGCUGCUCACACACUGAUUGACUGCAGAUAUAUUAGGAAAGAUUUUAAAGGAUAGAGGAAUUAUUGUAUGAGUAUGGGACCUUCAGAAGGAAUGUUCUAUUUUUUAGAUUACAUUUCUGGAGGGUAAUUUGGGAAGAGCUCUAUUUAUUUUAAGCAAGCUAACAUCUAACAUUGUGUUUAGAUAUCCAAAGUUACUAUAAAUAUAUGCACUACUCAUUAUGUACUGUAUUUAGGUUUUAGUGCCCAAAAUGUAGCCAUGUCUAAUUAUUUCUUGAGGCGUCUGUUUUGUGUGAACAUAUCGCAGCUGAUUAGAUUUGACUUUUAUCAUACCUUCACCCACACUCUGAACUGCAUAGUUAAUGUUAUCACUGGUCUGGGGGAUCUUGCGCACUCCUGAGAAUGUCCACGCGUCGGCUGUAAAAUGCUGUAAUCCUGAUAGCUUCACAGUGAGCAGGUCAUGUACGGUCAAACCUAAUUGCACAUCUAUGUCAUGUUGUUGCUUUGCUGCUUCCAUCCAUCCUGUGCUUUCUGUGUGUGCACCUUAUCGUGGUCAUUUAUGUGCAGGCUGUAGAAAUAGUUAAGCAAUGUGUUUGGAGAAUGGGUGAAACGACACAUUGAUAGUGUUAAUAUGAUGUGUGUCCUGGUACGGAGUAAAUAAAGCAUUUAUUGUGUGGAAA